AUGCUACGUUACGUGGGGUUUUUGAAGAGUUUUCGUCGCUCGGCUCAUACCAUUCCGAAGCAUCUUGAGAGCAUUCCCACCGACAAGGAUCCACCAUUUUCCAAGAUGGUAGAAUACUGUUUCCACAAAGCGUGUGUCGUUCUCGAGCCCAGGCUGAUCGAAUCCAUGCACAAAUACCCGCUGAUGAGUCCCGAGAAUAGAGCUCACCGAGUCCAGGCAAUCCUUGGCAUCAUAUCGAGCAACGCAAGUACGCUAGAGUUUCGAUUUCCCUUCAUCCGCGAUAGCGGACAGUACGAAAUGGUGACUGCGUUCCGAUCGCAUCACUGUCUGCAUCGGCUACCGGUGAAGGGAGGUAUCCGGUACUCGUUGGAUGUGUGUAAGGACGAAGUGGAAGCACUCUCUGCCUUGAUGACGUUCAAGUGUGCCUGCGUGAAUGUUCCGUUCGGCGGUGCCAAGGGCGGAAUCAUCAUCGAUCCGGCAAAGUAUAGUGAGAAAGAGCUGCAAAGCGUCACUCGGCGCUACACGGUGGAGUUGGCGAAGAAGAACUUUAUCGGACCGGGCAUCGAUGUGCCGGCACCUGACAUGGGUACUACAUCGCGGGAAAUGUCCUGGAUAGCGGACCAGUAUGGAAAGACCUUCGGCCAUCGCGAUAUCAACACAAUGGCCGUUGUUACGGGGAAACCGUUAAACCAGGGCGGCGUCCGAGGUCGCACCGAAGCCACAGGAAAGGGGGUCUAUCUAGCGACCACAUGUUUUACGCGUGAAGCCGGCUGGAUGCGAGAAGUGGGUCUCGAACCGGGGUUAGAAGGAAAAACAGUAAUCGUCCAGGGUUUCGGAAACGUCGGACAGCAUGCAGCAGAACACUUUCACAAAGCAGGCUGUAAGAUAGUCGGAAUUAUCGAAAAGGAUGUCUCACUGCAUUGCACAUCGGGCAUCGAUAUCAUCGCACUCGGACGAUAUAAGGCCCAGCAGAAAACUAUCAAAGGAUUCCCGAAGGCGAACGAAUUCAACGGGGAUCUCAUGCUGGAGGAUUGCGACAUUCUCAUUCCGGCCGCGAUGGAAAAAACAAUUACCUCAGAGAACGCGAAGAAGAUAAAAGCGAAGAUCGUUGCCGAAGGUGCGAACGGUCCCACCACUCCGGCAGCGGACAAGAUACUCCAGGACCGACGUGUCCUUGUCAUACCGGAUCUUUUCUGCAAUGCUGGGGGCGUAACGGCAUCCUACUUCGAAUACUUGAAGAAUAUUAAUCAUAUUUCGUUUGGUAAGCUUUCCUUCCGCCACGAAUCACAAAAUCUGCGUGAAGUACUCGCCUCAGUGCAGGAAUCGUUGCGUAGUGCCGGUGUGUGCGUUACCAUUUCGCCCAGCAAACAUCUAAAGCAUUACUUUGACCAUGCAAGUGAGGCGGACGUGGUAACGUCCGGACUGCAGUUCGUAAUGGAAACGGCCGCGAAGGGUAUCAUGAGUGUAGCCUCGCAGCACCAACUUUGCUUGGACGUUCGUACGGCGGCGUACAUCUGGUCGGUGGAAAAGAUAUUCAAAUCGUACGAAGAAGCUGGAUUGUCGAUGUAA